AUGAAGCUCCACGUUGACAGUAUUCCUGAGAAGGAUAAUAGAGAUGAGGUGAUUUCUACACUGGAUGUCUCUUUCGAUCACAGGCCUGGAAACCACACACUCAAGGUGAAGGUAGAUACGGGUGCACAAGGGAAUAUUCUUCCUGCAAGAGUCUUCAAGCAAGCUUACCCUAAGCAGAUUGAUGAAAGAUGUCGCCCCAUCAGACAGUCACUGACGCAGAAGAGGACAAUUCUGGUUUGCAUCAAUGAAACACAGGUACCAUAUUAUGGAUGUGUUAGCUUUAGAUGCAAGUACGGUGAAGGAGACUGGGAAAGGACAACCUUCUAUGUGGUUGAUACCAAUGGCCCAGCAAUUCUUGGAUUGUCAAGUUCGCGUCAGCUGAAGCUGGUGACACUCAACUGCGUAGUAUCUGAGAUCAAUCCCGAGCCAAUAAGGGAUAAGGAAGAUCUCCGCUCAAGGUUUCCUGACAUAUUCAAGGGCAUUGGUAAAUUUCCAGGUACAUUUCAUCUGACACUUCGCGAAGAUGCUGAACCUGCAGUGCAUCCUCCGAGGAGGUUACCCAUCCACUUGAAGGAUGAGUUGGAGCAAGAACUGCAUCGUAUGGAGGACAUUGGUGUCAUUACCAAAGUGACAGAGCCUACCGAUUGGGUGUCUUCUCUGGCUGUUAGUCGUAAGGCGAAUGGCAAACUCCGGAUUUGUCUCGACCCUAAGAAUCUCAAUAGGGCUACAAAGCGAACGCACCACAAGACACCUACUCUUGAAGAAAUCACUCACAAGAUGAGUGGGGCCAAGGUGUUCAGCAAGCUGGAAGCUCGUCAUGGGUAUUGGAGUGUCGUCUUGGACGAGGAGUCAAGCUUCUUGACAACGUUCAAUUCUCCUUUUGGACGCUUCCGAUAUUUGAGACUGCCUUUUGGUCUGAAUGUCUCUCAGAAUGUCUUCCAAGAAAAAAUGGACAUAAUAUUAGAGAAGUGUCCAGGAACCAUCGGGAUAGCUGAUGAUAUCGUUGUGUUUGGUCAAGACCAACAGGAGCACGAUAAGAAUCUUGUGAAUCUGAUGAAGGUGUCACGAGAAUUCGGUCUGGUUUUCAAUCCAGACAAGUGUGAGUGUAGCAUCCCAUCAGUGAAGUUCUUUGGGUGUUACUAUGAUGCUGCAGGUGUGCACCCAGACCCUGAUAAAGUGGAAAGCAUCAAGAGGAUACCGCCUCCAGACAAUGUGAAGGAUCUUCAGAAGUUUCUAGGAAUGGUCCAGUAUCUAUCACCAUUUGUCGCACACAUGGCGGAUCACACUGAUGCACUCUGUGGUUUGCUACGCAAGGAUAGUGAGUGGCAGUGGAAUGCCACACAUCAACAAGCUUUUGAAGCACUGAAAGAUAGGAUCAGUGAAUCUACAACACUGACAUACUUUGACUCUCGUAAACCAACAGUGAUACAGGUUGAUGCUUCCUUGAAGGGGGUAGGAGCGGCACUUUUGCAAGACAACAAGCCUGUUGCUUUUGCUAGUAAAGCACUCACUCCUACAGAGCAGAGAUAUGCCAACAUAGAACGGGAACUAUUGGCGGUCGUCUUUGGAUGUACCAGGUUCCACACAUAUGUGUUUGGUUCUAGUUUCGUCACCCAGUCAGACCAUAAGCCUCUUGAGAAUAUACAACACAAGAAUUUGGCUGAUACUCCGCCGAGACUCCAGAGGAUGAUGUUGAGGCUACAACCUUACGACUACAAGGUUGUGUACUGCCCUGGAAAGGACAUGAUGUUAGCUGAUGCUCUUUCUCGCCUGAACCCUGCCGAGGAGCCUACCUUGGAUUUUGAGCUCACCAUCCACUCAGUUCGAUAUUCUGAUGAUAAGCUAGAGGAAAUUCGGAAGUAUACGGAUGAUGACGAAACCCUCAGGAAGCUAGUGAAUGUUGUCACAGAAUGUAGGCCAGAGGAUCCAAAGGAGCUGUCCAAGGAUAUCCGAAAGUUCUGGUCCUGUCGCGACAAACUAUCAGUAGAGGAUGGCAUACUCAUGAAAGGGGAAUGUGUAUUCAUUCCUGGUCCACUCAGACAUGAGGUACUUCAGAUGAUCCAUACAGGACAUUUAGGAAUUGUGAAGUCUCAACAGAGAGCUAAGUCGUCUGUCUACUGGCCUGGCAUAGACAAAGAUGUCGAAGACACAACACGUGGAUGCCCCAUUUGUCAGGCCAAUCAGAGAAAACAGCAACAUGAGCCUCUUGUCCCACACGAUGUGCCAGAAGGACCAUGGGAGGUAGUGGGGACAGACUUAUUUUGCUUCAACAACAGAGAUUACCUGAUUAUCACUGACUAUUUCUCAAAGUGCCCUUUUGUAAAGGAAGUUAGAGGAAGAUGCACCAGUAGUGCAAUUAUACAGCUGACGAAGUCUAUCUUCAGUGAACACGGUGUUCCAAGCAAAGUUGUCAGCGAUAAUGGGCCUCAAUUUGCCAGUGAAGAAUACCAGAUCUUCAGUCAGACUUGGGGUUUCGCUCAUGUAACUUAA